UAACAGCAGUGAAUUUUCAGUUUGUUUUCAGUUUGUCAUCAGAAACUGUUUCAGAGAGUUAUGAAGAAAUCAUUUUGAUGUUCAUGAAUAUAGGAAGAUGGAGCUGUUUGCUGUGGUGUUGUUCCUACUUUACGCCUCUCAGAUUGCUUUGACUGUAACAGUGGAUGUUUAUCAGGGGGAACCAUCUGUUGUUCUGCCCUGCCAGUACAACCAAGUACUAGAGGAGAUUGUUACAGUGAAAUGGAGCGGAUUGGGUCUUAAUCCCAAUUUUUAAUUGCAUUGCAUUUAAUAUUGUAGUUUUAAUGCAAAUUACAAAAAAAAAAAAAAAAAAAAAAAAAACAGUCACUGUCCACAAAGGUAAUGUAUGCUUUAUUUGAAGCAGAAUUGUGCAAGAAAGGUAACUUAAUGAAAAAGUAUUUAAAGUGUUUCAGUGAACAAAAAUUUACACUUCAAAUGUUGACCUUUUAUUACCUUUCUGUAUAUGAAUUUGAUUUAGAUUUUUUUAAGUGUUCCUGAAACAAAUUUAAUGUCAAUUAAAAUGAUAUUAAUAAUUUUACGAACUAUAUAAUAUAAAUCCUGCUUUUGUUUUUUGCCAUUCAAUACUGUACUGCAUAUCAAGGUACUUUAAUGUAGGAGACGAACAACAAACAAUAACUUCACUCACUGACAUUAAGAACAUUACUGAAGAUUUUCACAAUGUUCAAAGACAAUUACAUUCUAAUUUUUAAAGGAGACUCUGGGACUUGUUAACAUAUUUAUCAAACUAUCACAUUUUCAGACAAAAACAAAACUGCACCAUGUCUAAGAUCUGACUGGUCUUUAUUUUUCUCUGUAGAAAAGUUUCCAACUUGGGCCAAAGUUCUGCUUGUUCUUCUGGUUCUUCUUCCUGUUUCUGGAGGCCUUUUAUUUCAUUUCCGACAUUAUUUAAUGUGCUGCUUAAAUAAUUAGAGCUUUACAAAACUGAUAAUUGAUUAAUAAACCAUGUAACCGUUUUGAGGUGGUUUAUUGUUCAUGUCUUAUAUUUAUACAGUUGCACUUUAAUUAGAACAUGUAUGUGAUAUUUUUUGGAAUAACCAUAGUUUUCUUGUGUGUUUAAUGAGUAUGUAAUCAUUAUACAUUAUUUGAGAAAAAUAAAAAUACAAAUAAAAAGCAAAUACUUUCAUAAUUAUCCAAUGCGGAACAAGUGAGGCGACCUCGAAUGGAUAUCAUAAUCAAAUUCAAACUAUUUUUUUGUUUUAGUCUGAGGAAAUGUUUAAAUGAAUCAUUUAAAAAAUCCCUAAGUAAGGAUUUGGCGUUUGUAAAUAUAGGAAGAUGAGGCUGUUUGCUGCGUUUGUGUUCCUCCUGUACGCCUCUCGAGAAUCUUUUACAAUAAAAGUGGAGGUUCAAGAGGGUGCAGAAUCUGUUGUGUUGCCCUGCCAGUACAAUCAAGUCUUGGAAGAGGUUGUUACAGUGAAAUGGAGCCGCCGUGAUCUUAAUCCCAGUAUCGUCCAUCAAAGGCGAGAAGGAGACGACCUGCAAUUACAAAACCAGCUUUUCAGUGGAAGAACAUCAAUGAGAUCUGAUGCUCUAGACUCUGGUGACUUCAGCCUUACACUGAGAGACUUUCAACCUUCUGACAUUGGCAACUACAUCUGCAGCAUGAUUGAUGAACAUGAAGAAAAAACACUAUCAGAAGUUGAACUGCAGCUAAAAGCCUCUCAGGAUUCAUUGAUUAAAAAAGUGGAGGUUCAAUGGGCUCAGUCUGUCGUUCUGCCCUGUCAGUACGACCAACCAUUAGAAGAAAUGGUUACAGUGAAAUGGAGCCGCUUGGAUCUCAAUCUCAGUACUGUCCAUCAACGGAGAGAAGGAGACGACCUGGAAUCACAAAAUCAGCUUUUCAAAGGACGAACAUCAAUGAGAGCUGAUGCUUUUGACUCUGGUGACUUUAGCCUCACUCUGAGUGAACUCCAACUUUCUGACAGUGGAAACUACAUCUGCAGCAUCAUUGACGACGAAGAAAAAGAAUUAAUACUGUCAGAAGUUCAGUUACAUGUCAAAGAAAUUCCAACUUGGCUCACAGUUCUCCUGGUUCUACUGGGUUUACUGGUUUUUGCUGGGUGUUUUGGCUGCCCUUUAUAUUGUUGCCGACAUAAACUUGGAUCAGUUUCAGCUCGGACCAAAAUUCUCCUGGGGGUUCUGGUUGUGCUGGUUGUUCUUUCUGUUUCUGGGGGCCUUUUAUUUCAUUUUCAACACAAGUUUAAAUCAGAAAUUCCAGCUUGGGCCAUACUUGUCAUGUUUCUCUUGUUUUUUUUCACUGUUGAUGUGGGUUUUGUACCUUACUUUCGACAAAAGUACAAUUCAGAAACAUCAACUUGUUGCAAAAGCUGCCUGGUUCUUUGGGCUCUGCUGUUACUGGUGUGUCCUACUGUUCUUGUGAGCCUUUUAUUUCAUUUCCGACAUUCUAUAUCAGAAAUCCCAUUUCUUUGGAUGGGAAUUAUGACAGUGUGGCUCCUUUUCUUUCAGUCUGGGAAGACUUUAUUUCAUGUUCAAAAGUACUUGCCAUCAGGACGUUCUGCUGGGAUGAGAAUUUCCCUGAUGUUCCUGUUCUUGCUGCCUGUGUUUUUGUUUUUGGUGCUGUUGGUGCUGAGAGUGCUGUCACGGCUGGGUGUUAUUUCAGUCCAUCCUGAUGUAUUUUUACAAUUUCCAACUUGGGCCAGAAUUUUCCUAAUUCUGUUGGUUCUGCUGUUUCUUACUAUUGAAGUGGGCCUUUUGAUUCGUUUUCGACAACAGUUUACAUCAAAUCGACCACGACGUCCAGAGACCGUUCAGUCAGAAGAAACUAUAGCUCUAAGGUAGACCCAAAGAGAUGGGAAACGGUACCUUGUUGUCGACUGUGGAGUCAAAAGAUAAACAUAUCAGCUUCACCGUUCAUGAAGUCCUGGAAGGAGGAUCCCUGAAGAAGCUGCAAAUCUAAAAUUUAAGUGGGAGGAAAAACUGUGGAGAAAAACUUCAAACAGUCCCUGAUAGAAAUCUUCUGUGAUGGUGUCUGGGAUGAAUAUGAGGAAAACUUCCCCAAUCAGGUUCAGGAGAUGAUGUAUGAUUUUACUCAUCUCUAACAUUUCAAUGAAGAUGUUCAGAUCAGUUGCCUGGGUAACCUGGUCAUGUUGGCUGAGAAACAGAAAAAGAAACAGAAAGAGAUUGAAACGUGGAAGGAGCUUCCUGGGAUGAUGGAUCCAUCAGAAUCUUCAGAGAUACUGAAAACUUUCUAUGAUGAGCAUCUGCAGGGAAUAACUAAGAAACUCAGGAAAAAAUUAGACAAAAAUCUCAACAUUGGUAAUAUUGUGUUAGUGGGAGGUUUGGCUGAGAGCCAGAUUCUACGUCAGCACAUCACUGAUCAGUUUGGACCUCAGUAUAAAGUCCUGUGUCCUCUUAGACCCCAGGAAGCGAUCCUGAAAGGAGCCGUGGAGUUGGGGAGAAACCCAAAGUUGGUGGAGUCUUCUAUUUAUUAAAUAUCUUCCGGUCUGAAUCCACCUUUGCCUCCUCUUCUUUAAUUUGGGAAAUAUAUAUGUACAUAGAGGUUUGUGUUUCAGUGGUCUAACUGGAUCACAGCUGAGCUCCAGCACUUAGACAAUGUUGCAAUUAAUUUUUGUUUUGAAUAAUUCAGAGAAUAUGUACAGUUGUUUUAUUGUUCACAGAUUGAAUUAACAAUAAAAGUAAAUUUUGUUCUAA